AUGUGUCAGAAUUUAAAUUAUUGGGAUUCCUUUCUCGCGCUUUCUUCAUCGCCAGCAGCCUCUAGCAUUACAUGGCAGUGGCAGUACAACACGUCCGUCUGCUUCGACGAUGGCGAGAAUGCCACACUAACAUGGAGAGUGACUCUUAACUCGGGGGAAGAGAUCGGAGCUGUGUCAAUCAGACAACAGGCUGUAGCUGGUGGACCAUCGGUCGAGAUGUAUUCUACAGCUUCAGGAAAAGACCCAGCGUUCAGUAAUCGAGUAAUGUCGGCAUCGUACUCGGGUUCAUCACCUGUGUAUGAUGUGGUGUUUACACUGAAGGUUAACAACAGCGAGGAUGGAUUCGGAACCAAAAGCAUACAGUGUCGUGUGACCUCAAAGAACUUCCUUAUUGGGCAGCCUGCAUCAGAUACUCUACUCAAAGUGCUGGUCAACAAGGAGGUCAUCGUCAUGCAAUCCUCUGCCAACGUCACGGAUGGCCGUGUUCCACCCAGCAGCGUUGUCAUUUCUCCACCGAGCCCUACCGUGACCGAGCGUGACCAAGUGAACCUGACGUGUUCAGCUGAUGGUACUCCUCCACCAACCUUCACAUGGAUCAGCCCUCAGGGGCACACCGUAGCACACGGACCGUUCUACACCAUUCCCAUGGUGCACCGCGACAUGUCAGGGCUAUACACGUGCGUCGCUACUGAUGGGUGUGGACGGAAUCACACCAGGGAUGCGACACUAGCAGUAAGAUACAAGCCUGACAAUACCUCUUUGACCAUACUGGGUGGAAACGCAUCUGCUCAGUGUGGAUCAAAAAUAUCAUUUAACUGUACUGCUGACGGCGUUCCAAAACCAAAUAAGUACUCUCUUUACUUGGGGAAUCAGGCGAUAAAGACGGACACCAAUGGUGAAUUUAGUAACAUCCAGCUGAACACUUCAGGAGAACAUGUGUUCACGUGUGUACCUACUAAUAAAAUUGAUGAAGGACUCAACAAAACUGUGAUCGUAAACGCAUCAGAGGUACUUCCUGUAGUGUCCGUCGACAUCCCGCCCAAUGGUAGAAUGGUCAAAGGGUCAAGUGUUACUUUGACAUGUGACGGUACAGGGCCGGUACCGUUACAAAUCAGCUGGUACAAAGACAAUAUUUUCAAGGCCUCGGGGAAAACCCUCACGAUAUCAAAAGUCACAGUACAAGACGAAGGGAACUACACUUGUAAUGUGUCAAGUUCAUGUGGAACGACGUUGAACACCUCGUUUAUUGGCGUUGAUUACAUUCCAGAGAACACAACUCUUCAAAUCAACAAAUCGAAUAAUACUAGUAUAAUCGCUUGCGUUGGAGACAUUAUCCUGCUAAACUGUUACGCUGAAGGCAAGCCUUCAGUUAUCACUUAUCCCCUUCUGCUAAAUGGUGAUCAGCAUAAGGCUAAUCGAAGUGGAGUUUUUCUUGUCUUCCCCGGCACUCCUGGAUGGAACAAUUUUUCUUGCGUUCCUUACAACACUAUCGGCAAAGGGCCAGAAGCACUUGUUCACAUCAUCGUUCCAGUCACUCCCAGCAGUGUUGUCAUUUUCCCACCGAGUCCUACCGUGACCGAGCGUGACCAAGUGAACCUGACGUGUUCAGCUGAUGGUACUCCUCCACCAACCUUCACAUGGAUCGGCCCUCAGGGGCGCACCGUAGCACAUGGACCGUCCUACACCAUUCCCAUGGUGCACCGCAACAUGACAGGAAUGGUGUACACGUGCGUGGCUACUAACGGCUGCGGGAAAAACCUCACCAAGGAUGCUAAACUUGCUGUACAAUACAAACCUGUGAACACUUCCCUGACCAUACUUGGUGGAGAUGCGUCUCGUCAAUGCGGAUCAAAAAUAUCAUUUAACUGUACUGCUGAUGGCGUACGAAAGCCGAAUAAGUACUCUCUCUACUUGGGAAAUCAGGCGAUCAAGACUAACACCAAUGGUGUAUUAAGUAACAUCAAGCUAAACACUUCAGGAGAACAUGUGUUCAUUUGUGUACCUACUAAUGAAAUUGGUGAAGGAGUAAAAAAAACUGUGAUCGUAAACGCAUCAGAGGUUCUACCUGUGGUGUCUGUCGACAUCCCGCCCAAUGGUAGAAUGAUUAAAGGGUCAAGUGUUACUUUAACGUGUGACGCUAAAGGGCCGGUACCGUUACAAAUCAGCUGGUACAAAGACAAUAUUUUCAAGGCCUCUGGGAAAAACCUCACAAUAUUGAAAGUCACACUACAAGACGAAGGGAACUAUACUUGUAAUGUGUCAAGUUCAUGUGGAACAACGCUGAACACCUUGUUUAUUAUUGUUGAUUAUGCCAACAUGGAGAGAUAUUCCCUCAAAUGUAUAACGUCACCGGCUGUCAGUAUCACCAUAGAAACUAACAAGACCCCUCCUCCAGACAUCGUUUGCAUGAAUGACGGCAAAAGGUUACAAUCAAAAAUUACCAGUACAACAGAAACUAAAGUCACCUACGAAGUGAAAUUGGCAAGUCUAGACGAAAUAGAGGUGGAUUGUAACGCGGAAGGUUUUCCUGGAUCUCAGCACAAGUUCACCGUCGUUCCAGCAGGCUCUGAGCAAACCAGUAAUGAAAGUUUUAGGAUAACAAAUGUUCAGUACCCUCCAAGCAAACAAGUGAAAAGCAACAUUGAGAAAUUGGUCAGGGAGAGCAUUGAUACCACGUGUCUGAAAGAAAUCUUCUUGAGUUACGGGUCAGGGAGUGUACUCGUAUAUGUAUCUCUGGUUCUGACGGCAAACAUCGCGGAUCCCUUUGUACUACUCAAAGAUGCGCUCGUAGAAAAUGCGCCGAGAUACGGGUUUGCAAUAGAGCCAGUAAGCGUCAAAAUACAACUACCGGAGUCCUUACCACAGCUAAGUGACGUCAUGCCGGCAUCCAGCAGCCUGAAAGUCACGUGGUCAAACGCAACUCGUAAUGCGCAGUGUACGAUGCGGGCUAGACCUCUAGCUGGAGCGUCACGUGACUGGGUGACGUCAUCAGGUGUCAGUAAUUCAGCCUCGCUGUCGUGCGUGUUGGAUGAUCUUGAGCCUGACACUUUGUACGAGGUGGAGGUCACCAUGUCGGUGCGGGGAGACACGAGGCGUGACACGGUCUACAUCAGGACCACUCAAUCAGCUGUCGAGUUGAAUGAUCAGAAUUCAACCAUUGUUAGUCUCGCUGUGCUGGUCGCCAUCUUGUUCUUGGUAAUCUUUGGUCUGAUUGUCUACAUCGCGGUGCUGAAGACGGCAGGUCUAACAGCAAAGAGAGAAAGAUCUGAAGCUAAUAACCCAGGCUACUCAGGAUUCCAGAAUGUGGCGAUGCAAGAAAACGUCAACAAAGACCAACAUGUAAUACCAGGGGUGGGAGAUUACGAGGUCGCCCCAUCGGAUAAUAGGGGACCCACCCCUGACCCCAUUCCACAAUACGAACCAGUGAAUAAUACACCAGUACGACCACCCAACCGUAGAAACGUCACGCAAUACGAAGAUGUAACGCAAGGGAGCAAUGUCACGCAAUACGAGGAUGUAACGCAAGAGGGCAAUGUCACGCAGUAUGAAGCUAUGAAUAGACAUGCAUCACGUGAUCGGCAUGUGCCAGGCAAUCGCCAGUACGAUUGCGUCGGUAGCACGAGAAUGAGUAGACAGAAUCCACCCGCGAGGAGAGCAAGGAACGACACAUGUGAUCAAGGCGAGCCAGGUUAUGAGAACACAAGAAAACGAGGUUUACCACAUGAAGUGUACCAGUCUCUACAGGCAACGACACAACACAGCGAGAAUGCGCAUUAUGCCUCACUGCAUCCUGGGACACGCAUUGCGGCCAGGCCUGGUGGUAGGGACGAGAGGGGAGUAGGUACACACAUAAGAGGGAGUGAGUACCAGGAGUUGAACAGAGCUAAAACCACAGAUCCAUGUUAUCAGCGGGUAGGCAGUAGAGUCACUAGCGCAUAA